AUGAGUACUGAUAAAUAUUUGCGAGAAAUUGGUGUCACUUUGAGACAUUUUGCCAAGACGAUGAUGAAUUUUAAAAUGGUUUACUGUUGGCCGGGGGCGGGUAUAGCACAGUCGGCUUUGGCCAAGCAUCCGAAACCGAGAAGUCGAGAUGUCGGAGAUAUCGAUCUUCUUCCCAGCUUGGGAGACCUCGCCAGAGGACAUUCGCCACCCAGAUAUAGUCGGAUCCACUUUGCUAUUUGCGAAACUUGUCUCUAA